AUCUAGAUCUAAUAUUACAUAUCGUAAAAAUGGCAAAUGUUUUUGAGCAACGGAAAUCAAACAAAAUUACUUUAGAUGAUACCACCCCAUUAUCCUGUUCAAUAGAAACAGCGCAAAAAAAGGAUGAUCAUGUGGAGUACAUAGUUCGUGUGCAGAGAGGUCCCUUGCGAGAUCAUUCAUGGCAGAUUACUAAACGCUACAGUGAUUUUGAGAAACUAGAUGCACAGCUCCGAAUAACCAAUGUUGAGCUUCCACUGCCACCCAAGAAAGUGUUUGGGAAUUUCGACAGAGACUUUAUUGCUGAAAGGCAGAAUGGACUGCAGGUAUAUCUGAAUGCAAUAACAAGUAUACCAGUAAUUGCUAAUAGUUUGAUUGUGAAGAAAUUUCUAGAUGUCAACAACUACUCCUCAAACUUUCUGGAAACAGCACUGCAGCAUGUUUCUAUGUUGUUUCGUUCAGAACCAAACUGGGAAGUCAUUGAACCACUACCAGAUAUUGGGUGGAGAAUUCGAAAGCAUUACAUUCUAAUCAAACCAGUGUCACAGCCUAAAGUUCGGCAAAUGUUAUCAUGGGUUGAAUAUGGUCCAGAUAUGUAUUUAUUAACAAAAGAUUUGAGUGCCAUCAUCAAAAUACUUCCUUCUAUAAAACACCCAUAUAUAUUCCCGACCUUGUUCACAACAUCCAAUGAGAGUGGGAGCAUGAUCAUCCAUGACUUCCAGGAAACUGGGACACUACGAGACCUAAUUUACAAGUGCAAACCCAAAGGUCCUUAUCUGAAAAAGUAUUCCAACCCCAAAAAUGUAAAUCCUUUUGAUUUUGGAACUGUGAAAAUCUUUGGUAAACAAAUUUUAGAGGCAUUGAAAUUCUUACAAGAUAAAGGCUUUCCUUAUGGUCACCUCCAUGCUGGCAAUAUUGUAGUAAUUAACAAUACCUGUCAAAUUAUGGAGCUAGAGAACAGCCUUCUGGGAUUGCCAGGAUUUUAUAGAGGGUUUUACAUCCAGUUGAAAAAAGUGCAGCAGUCCUUGGAGGCAGUGGAUGUCUAUUGCUUUGGGCAUGUCCUCUAUGAGAUGGCCCUGGGUGUUCAGCUGAACACACCCACCUGCGACACAUUCCCCCCUGAAUGUCCUGCUCAGAUCAGAUCAGUUCUUGAGUCCAUAUUAACAACAGAAGCUUGUAAAAAUGGUCUUCCCACAGUUGCUAACCUACUUUCUCACCCGUUAUUUAGUGAUGUGAAUUUGGUGCCACAGACCAACAAGCCAGUUUUGAAGAUACCAAGUAAACUGAAAGAUUUUGUCAAGUCAUCCAAAGAAGAAAUUGAGAGCAGACUCAAAAGUGAUCAAAAAUUGCUUAAGCAAGUUCAAAGGUUAUCAAAAGCUAAAGAGUUUCAUAUGUCUGAAGAGGAAACAAAGAAAAGGAGGAGAUCUAGAAAGAAAGCCAUAGAGAAUGGUGUCUCAGAACCAGCAUCAACAUCAUCAUCUGUAUCAUCACCACCGGCAACACCAACCACACCUGCUCCUGCUGGUACUGCUCCAUUAUCACCUCCACCACCUCCUUCAUUAGCUCCAGCUCCAGCUGCUCCACCACCCCCACCCCCUGCACCAGGAGGACCUCCACCACCUCCACCAGCCGCCCCGCCCUCAGCCUCUGGAACGCGCGGAGCCCUGCUGAGUUCCAUCACUAGCUUCAGUAAAGGGGCACUAAAGAAAGCACAGACAAACGACAGAAGCACUCCUAAAGUGUGAAAAUAUUGUUUCUGAUUAUGAUGGAUUUUAUUACUGACCAGAGGUUUCACUUUACUAGACUCAUUCCAAUAAGACUAUCAUGAGAAUUAUAUCCUUUGGAUAUUGAUGUUAGUGUUGAUGUAUGUCAUACUAAAAUGUGAUAUCUUUACCUGGUGGCUAUUGUUUUGUCAUUCCAGUACUUGUGCUCUGUGAGGUGUCUUUUUAUGGGAUCUUCAUUUAGUAGUUAUCAAUCAAUCUUUAUGUGAUCUUUGUUUGGCUUUAUAUAAUCAAUGCUUUAUCUUGUAAUGUUCUUCAUAGAAUUUUGGACUGAAAUAACAGAUUCAGUUUGUACGCACACUGAUUAGGUGUUGAUGAUUCACUCAUAUCCUGUUUAUUCAGCAGUGAACAACAAUACCUAUUCUGAUCUGUUUAAUAUGACCUUUUCAUUCCAUUGUCAUAGUCUUGACUUCAAUGUAUAGAGGGAGUGUAAUUGCUUUAUUUCUUGCUUUGCUUCCGUGAACUAGUAUCUCAAUUCAGAGGCUAUCUAAGACAUUAUUUUCAAUAGCAUGCAUACAUUAAAAGUGCUUGUUGGCUUUUUUUUUUUAAAUUUCUUUAAUGAUUAUUACUUUUUUGUUCAAUAUAAUCUUUUGUAUAUAAUAAAAAAUUCAGGCAAUAAUUUCGACUCCCACAAUGAAUGCUGAGAAAGUUCAUCCAACAAUUUACUACAAUUUGCUGUUUUAGAGUUUAGAAUUUGUUUCUGCCCUUGUAAGACAGUCACCUGUAAUUAAUAUUGUCGCUGUUUCCAAUUUCUUAUUUGGGGCAUCGUCAUAAUUAAAUUUUGGCAGAUGAUUUUUUUAUACUUCCUUAUAUAAAUAUAAUGACAAUGGUUACAAAAUAAUAUUGCUUAUAAAAAUGAAGUGUAGAUUUUCCAACAUUUUCCUGAAACCAUUGUAAUCAGCUUGUUGGUAAAACAAUUUCUUUAAAACAUUCCUAACAAAUUUUUAAAAAAUCUUAAACAUUUUGUUUCUUAUCGUUAAGAUUUUAAAAAAUCAAGAGAAGCUACAUAGGACGCUAUUUUACUUGUAACUUGAAAUAAACUUAGUUGACUUUCCAUACCAUUCAGUGUGGUAGCAUCCAAAUUUAUUUGAAAAAAUUAUUCCUAUGUUUCUUUGAAAUCCUGAGCAUAUUAAAAUUGUCAUUACAUACUGGCGGUUUAACAAUUACCAUCAUCUAUUCAACUGUGCUAUUAAAUCAUUUGUUUGCACUGGUAAUGAAAUAGGUCAUUUCUUCAAACCACUUUUCAAGUUAUACUAUUCAAUAAGAUAAGCAGCUUCCAAUUAAAACAACAACAAAAUGUGUAUACUUACGACUGUUUCUUGUGAAGAUUAUUGAUUACUUGACUCGAGAUGUUUUUAUUAUCAUAAUUUUCUAAAUGACAAGUUCAGUUUAUAAUAAUGUUUUGACAUCCUCUCUGUUGUAUUUUGAGUUGAAUGUAUGCUUUAUUUAUAAAUAGUUUCUUUACAUCAUUCUAUGUUCAUUCCAUUUUAUUGUAAGUAUUUUUUUAAAUACUAAUUGGUUUCCAUAAAUGUUUGUUUGGGUUUCGCAUUUCCUUGGUGGUGCAAUCUAUUGUUAAGUUUUUAGACUUCUUGGAAUACUCAUUGACUUUUUCCGCCAUUUUUGUAUCAUUUGUCACUGCCUCUGAUUGGCUAGUAUGCAAGUUUGUAGUUUCUCAUUGACAUUGUUUAUUUUGUCACAGGUAAAAUGUUAAGACAUUUUUGCUUUGUUGUUGUUGUUUUUUUUUUUGUUGUUCUUUUUUUCAGCAUCUCUUAUUUAUAAUCUGCUUACUUGAUUUAUCUGAUUUGAUUAUGUCAUCGCUUUUUAAAUAACCAAAUGUUGCUAGUAUUGUAAUCACUUGUUUUUAGUUAAUUAAUAUUAAAUAAUAAUGAAGCAGA